AUGGCACCCCAAACAGGACAAACCACAACAGAGAAAUACCUGCCAUUCCAGUUGGCACGCGUUCGCCUCUCAUCUGUCUUCGGACCUCAAGUCGAGCCCCUUGUAGUUACAGGCAGCGCCCAGGAAGAAGUGAAUAGUGUGUGCGUGUGGCAGUACAAUCGCUAUCCAAACUAUGCAGCAAACUUCGCUAACAUUGAGGUCGACAACGACCUGCCGUCUCCUCUCAAUGAUUCGGCCGACGAACCGCGUCUGGUGUGUUCUGCUGUGCACGCAGGCGACGUUCAGCAGUUGAGGAGUCACGUUGGGUCGCGGCUAGUGUUCACGGGGAGUUCAAUGGGCUUCCUGGGGAUCUACAGACUCGCCCUGCCAGGAACAGAACACGACGCCUUCCAGCUGCACGAAGUUGCCACGUGGUCGCGCGGUCCCGCUGAUCCCGCGGACGAGUUGAUCCGCAUCGACGUGCCCAUCUCCGACGUGUGCGUCUCCACCGACGCCGCACAGAUCUACGCGGCCAACGACUUGGGCCAGCUGUUUGUGCUCGACACGGAAAUGCUCGCUGUUAAACAACAGCUGAUGCUAACGGCUUCGGGCAGCGAUUUGUCCACAAUCAACGCAAUCGAAUCGAUCGAUGCCUCGUGUAUCGCGACUGCAAAUCAAAUCGGGCAACUGAAUGUGUGGGAUUUGCGGUCACCCGAUUCCACCAACCUCUCUCAAAAGCGGAUUGUACCGAGGGGUGAACCGCGUCCAUUGACCUGCCUGUCCCAGCACCCUGGGCAGUCCCACUUGCUCGCGGUCGGCGGCAUGAACAGCGGCCAUGGCGGUGGUCACAAGCAUGCAACAACGACGAGCUACAUCUGGGAUUUGAGAGCAGAACGACAUCCGCUAAGCGAGAUCGUAUGCCGCGGGAGCGUUGUGUGGGAGAUCGGCUUCCAUCCGCACCAGCCACAGUUCCUGUACCUCGCCACUGAGGAGGCCGGACUCAUGCGAAUCAAGUCGGCUUCAUCAGCUGAAUCGUGGUCGUUUCUGCAAAGCUGUCAGCAAAAACUGUCGGCAACUUGUGUGACCUCCAACCCGGCGGAUUACUGCAGUGUCACCACGUUUGACAUGGCCAGCGGUUUUGUUGUGUGUGGCAGGGAUAACUGUGCCCUCCAGACCAUUAAAGAUACCUCUGUGUCAACAUUCUCUUGUGAAUAA